AUUGUUGAUUAAUGAAAAUAAAGUAGUUAUGAAUUUCUCAUGGUUUGGUGAAAGUCUUUAUUGCAACCACAAAAAACUAAGUAGUUUUGCCACUUUCUUCCCACAACUCUUCUUCACCACCGACACCUCUCAUUAAAACACCCUCUACCUUAUUCUCCUCAAACUUCACUUACCCAACUUUUGCAGUUUAUUUUCACCCAUUGUAGCAUUAUUUAUCUCCUUCUCUCUCUCUUCUUUCUCUCUCUCUAUAUAUAUAUUACAUAGAAGUAACUACCUGAGAGAAUCAUGGUACAACCCAACAAGUUCAGAGGUGUCAGGCAGCGCCAAUGGGGCUCAUGGGUGUCAGAAAUCCGCCACCCUCUAUUGAAGAAGAGAAUAUGGCUGGGGACGUUCGAGACAGCGGAGGCUGCGGCGAGGGCGUACGAUCAAGCAGCUAUUUUGAUGAACGGCCACAAUGCGAAGACGAACUUCCCGAGCGGGAACGACGGCUCGGAUCAGAGCACGGACGCGCCUUCCUCGGCUCAGGCCGUGCUGUCGGAGAUGCUCGGGGCCAAGCUGAAGAAAUGCUGCAAGAAUCCGGCUCCCUCCAUCACUUGUUUGAGGCUCGACAACGACAACUCCAACAUCGGGGUGUGGCAGAAGCGGGCCGGGAGGGGCUCGGGCUCCCAGUGGGUGAUGAAGGUCGAGCUCAAGAAGGCCACGCCGAGCCACGGAUCCCCGUCCCAGUCGUCGUGGUCGACUUCAUCGGAGGUCGAUGAAGCCGGCGACGCGAUGGAUGAGGAGAAUAGAGUGGCAUUGCAGAUGGUUGAGGAGCUGCUGUAUUGGAAUGGCUCAACACCUGCAGUUUCAAAUGAGCAAGAUGAAGGUAAAGACAAGUAGUGUUGGGAGAUAUUAUACUAUGUAGUAUCUGGUUUCACACAAACUCAUGUACAUAUGUUCAACCUAGGAUGGUGUAAAAUUCGACUCAUAAACAUCAAUUUGCAUUAUAAGUUUUAUUGAAAUAAGACAGUGCUAAAUAACAGUUGAAGCA